AUGCCUAAUAAUAAGAUCGAAAGAAAACGCAUAUUGGAUAACAGUAUGGAUGAUAUACCAACCGAUCCGUGUGUAAAAUUGCGAAAUCGUUUGGGAAACAGCAAGUCUUUAUCAGCUUCAACCAUGCAUAGUGGAAUGCAUCCAUUGAAGUCAGGAAAUGUACCUUGUCCAUCUAAAAAAUCAAGUGAUUCAGAAUAUAAUGAUGCACAUAUGAAAGAUAUGACAGAUGAAUUUUCUUCACCACAAGAUCAAAAUGAUUCUGAAUUUCUUGAUACUGGAUUCACUCUUAUCGGAUAUACAUUUUUUCUUCAAAUUGCCUUACAUAUAAUGACAUUUAUAUUGAAUAGCCUUUCAUAUCGUUAUUUAGAUACAGCGAGUUUAGGCUUGGUCAAUGUACGCUUGGGUCUGUUUUAUUCAACGCUAGUAUUUACUGCUAGAGAAGCGUUUCGUCGAGCAUGUCUUAGUCGUGGUGGUGAAUUAAUUAAUACUAAUAAACGCUUGUUAAACAAUAAAUUAUUCUCUUCAAAUGUCAACACCACUUCAACUUCUCAUCCUAUCAGUGAAGAUUCUGUUGAUAUUUCUCAGUUAGCUGAAAAUUACACAAAUAUUGGAAUUGAAAAAACUUGUCAAUGUCUACUUCAAUAUAAACAACAGUUACACGGGAUUUUAAAUCUUGCUUGGCUAGUCUUGCCUACUGGUUUAAUCAUGGCCACAUUACUCUGCAUAGUUUGGAUUUUCAUCUUACCUUCUCCAAGCAGUCUGAUUGGUGGUGCUGUUGGUGGUGAAUCAUCACAUUCAGAGUUCAGUGUCACCGCUGCAACCAUCGAAUAUCGUUAUCUCAUUUGUAUUAUUGUUUAUACGCUAUCUGGUUUCUUAGAAUUGACUACUGAACCAUUUUGGCUUCUUUGUCAAUUAUCACAUGAAGUUCGUGUAAGAAUUUUUAUAGAAGCAUUUGCAAAUACUGCUCGUGUUAUUGGAAUUGUCAGUGCAAUAUUCGCUGUACCAUCUGAGUAUGCUGUUUACUCGUUAAGCAUUCCUCAACUUUUGCAUGGCUCAACAUUAUUAGCCAGCUACCUGAUGUACUUUCACUAUGGAAUAUCACGAUCCGACACGACUAAUGAAUGGCAACUGAAAGGGAUUCCGGGAAUUACUUCUCUGAAUGAUAUAUUACCACAUUAUGUUCAGUAUACUAUAGACCGGCCAGGUUUACAACUUGUAAGGAAUUUUUUCGGUCAAUGCAUACUGAAGCAACUUUUAACUGAAGGUGAGCGGUAUCUAAUCAGUGCAUUUCAUCUAAUCAGUUUUACGGACCAAGGUGUAUAUGAUCUUGUGAAUAAUUUGGGAUCAUUAGCUGCCCGACUACUUUUCUUACCGUUGGAGGAAAGCUGUCAUUUUACAUUUAGUCAAUGUCUUAAAAGAGAUGUUCCGCCUAGUCUACAGGAUAAAAAAUUACUUGCUGAUGUGUUUCGUAUCCUGAGAACAGCUCUUCGUACAUCAAGUUUAGUUGCAUGGAUUGGUGUAACAUUUGCUCAGGCUAAUUCUCGUCUACUAUUAAUGAUUUAUGCUGGUCAUAGAUUGGCUGAUUAUCCUGCAGCUGUUAAUUUACUCCAGUUGUACUCCGCUUAUGUUUUAUUACUUGCAUGGAAUGGUUCAACUGAAGCUCUGUUGAAUUCAGCUAUGUCAACGGAUGAAGUUUUACGUCAUAAUCAACGCUUAGUGAUAUUCUCUGUAAUAUUUCUUUGUGCAAAUUGGUUUCUUGUCCCUAUUUUCAAUGUAUAUGGUUUUGUACUAGCCAACUGCAUUAAUAUGCUAACUCGUAUUACAUACAGUGUUUACUAUAUACGUCGUUAUAUUAGAAGAAUUGAUGAACCAGUGAAUAAUCAUAUUAUUGCAAAAGACAACAAUUUGAAAUCUUUCCCCCUCAAAAAUAACAGACCAUCUCCAUCAUCUGAUACACAAGGCUGUGUAAAAGACACUCCCCAAUUAACAAAGAUUUCUCUUCUCUCUUUAAUGUUACCAUCUUGGAAUGAAGCCAGCGUUUUGUGCAUUUCGCUGUUAUGCACCUUAAUUUCACAGCACUUUUUCUGCUGCUCCUCUGGCACUCUUUGGAUGAUAAUUCACGCGGGAAUUACUUUUGCUUUCCUGUGCCUAGUAUUAACUGUUAUGUAUCAUGAGGAAGUUGAUCUACUCCAACUUAUUCGAAGUGAACUACUGCGCAGAAAAUCACGAUGA